AUCUUGCUGCUCGGAGUUGUGUCCUCAUGGUUGUUUGCACUUAUUGUUGCCGUGGAGCCAUCGUGGUGGCGGAGGCGCGAUCAGCGGACGAGCCGGUGCUGACCCGCCGCUGCGUCAUCAUGAAGGUGAUGGACUUCACCACAGAAAAAUACCUCGAGGCCCAGAGGCAAAAUGCUGCUGCCAUCCUGAUCCUGCUGCCCAAAAACAUCUCCGGUAUCCCCCAUGACACUGUACAGUCUUUCAUGGUGAGUGAGAGUGAGGCCUUGCUGAAGGAGACACUCAUGCCCGUGUACGUGGCGCCUGAGGAUGAGCAGCUGCUUUACAUGUAUGAGGAGGUCAAGCAAGCUGCAGCCACCCGGACCUCAUCUAUAUUUGUCAGAGUUGUUCGAAGUAUGGUGACAGCUACAGCCUUCCAGAUCUUAGUGAGCAACAAUGUCCCCAUUAAGGGCAUCACUGACAACACCAUCGCCACAUUGGAGGGAGUGCUUCCCGGAUCUGGGGAGGAUGCACCCACGAUUGUCAUCACUGCCCACUAUGAUUCCUACGGGCUGGCACCAUGGUUGUCGUAUGGAGCGGACUCUAAUGGCAGUGGGGUCACCAUCCUGCUGGAGUUGGCACGUCUCUUCCAGAAACUAUUUAGUAGCCCAAGCACCAGACCACCAUAUAAUUUAAUGUUCUCGUUAACCGGAGGAGGAAAGUACAAUUUCCUUGGCACAAAGAGAUGGAUUGAAGAGAAUCUGGACCAUGCUGAGUCCAGCCUGCUCCUCGACAAUGUAGCAUUUGUGCUGUGUUUGGAUACCCUGGCCAACAGUGAUGAACUGUACAUGCACGUGUCCCGCCCUCCUAAACCCGACACUCCCAUGCACUCUUUCUUUCAACAGCUGGAGGAGGUGGUGUCCUCCAGAUUUUCCUCGGUGAAGGUGGGAUUGGUCCAUAAGAAGAUCAAUCUUGUGGAGUCCACAGUAGCAUGGGAGCAUGAGCGCUACAGCCUGCGCAGGAUACCAAGUUUCACUUUGUCUCAUCUGGAAGACCCAAAAUCUGAGCUCCGUGGCUCCUUGCUAGACACCAUGUCACAAGUGGACUUCAGGAAAAUGAAGCGUAAUGGCCUAAUUGUCGCAGAGGCACUGGCACGUUAUAUGUACAAUCUCUCUGACAAGGGUUCACCAAAAGAUGUGCAGAUUUUCAAGGGCCAGUUGGACUUUCACGACGGUCGCAUGUCCAGUCUGAUGUCCUACCUGACGUCAGUCCCUCGGGCUAUCCAGCUGCUAGAUAAGGAGCCCGGCCACAUCCUGCUGGUUAACUCCCUGGAGCACGAGUUCAAGCGUUACCUGCAGCAAGUUCACAGACACGUCUUCCGACAGGACAAGAGGGACCCUGAUAUUACCUUUUUUGAUCAAAUGAGCCAACCAAUUGUGAUGUACAGAGUGAAGCCUGCAGCCUUUGAUCUCUUCCUCGGCGGCUGCAUUGCUGCUUACUUGGGGAUCGUUUACUACACCAUUCAGAAUUUUGGUUAUCUCUACACAAAGCUCAAAGCUGCACUGAAAUCCAAGCACGAGUAAAUAAGGCUGUGAGUCUAUGACAGGGGCUUUGAAGUCUGCAUCGCACAUGUGGCUUCACUGGCUGUGCAGAACAUGAAAGCAAUGCAGCAAGAAUCUUCUGAGACUGAUCAU